AUGGAUGAUCCUGACACGGAGUUAUUUCACCAUCUCAUUGAAGGCGUUCCGGCGGGUUUCUUGCGUAACAUCCCACCUUCACAUUGUUUUGAGAGCACGGUUGCAACAGAUGAGGAACCUCCACCCCUUUUCGUUCACUUUGAUGGAUGGAGAUCGGCCCAUGACGAUCCGGCCAUCACAACUGAGCUGGUCACGGAAGAACUGAAACAGGGGUGGGUGUUUGAAUUUCCGGGCACAUUGGAAGAUGCUCAGGCACAAUAUCCGGUUGGAGUAUCUGUGGGCAAACUUGUUGUGGCAGCAUCAACAACUCGACCACCACGCUUGGUGGUAGAUUCUUCAGUUUGUGGCUUGAAUCAAAACUGCCCUUUGCCGGAGAAAGGGUCCUUGCCUUCAGCCAAAGACUUGAUUCGCAGUUUUCCAUUGCGGAACUCAUCUUCCACAGUUUCUGGCCUGAGCUUGGACGUGAAGAAACGAUUCACUCCGGAAGAUUUUUACCAAUUGGAUGUGGAAGUCAACCACAAUAUGCAACGUGAUAUUGUUUGCUACGAAACUUUGGCACAGUUGGCCAUCGUGAAACUGAUGACUCAACAUAUCCCUGCCCAACGAUAUUCAUUGCGAAUCUCCAGCCCCUCUGACAACACAGGUGCAGAAGCUGGCGUGAACUCCUUGUUCACUACGAAAACUCCUCUGGCUUUCUUUUUGGAAAAGUUGUGCAUCACGGCCACAACAACAGGCAUUCAACUCGAUGCUUCCCACAUCAGCGGCAAAUCAAACGAACUGGCGGACGCAAUCUCUCGAUGGAACUUUGAAAGCGACCCACCGGCUGGAGUCGACAUUGCGAAUCGCAGUCGCUUUACAUUGCGCGAUUUGUGGUUAGGUCAUGCUGGCGUUUCGGUCUAUCCCACUCACACUUCCCUGUCUUGGCUUCUCCCCAUAUGA